CAACCUAUUUAGGCUCCCAGAUUCUACAUUCCACCCCGGGAAGGAUCCGCAAGAGAAUAAUGCUAGCUGAAAUGUUCAUUGUUUGUUUGUAGCAAUAUGAUAUUUUGUCAUAUAAUAAUAUAUUGGAUUUGUAUCAUUACAGCAGCUCUAGAUGACCUUGUUGUAGAAUAGUACAUAUUUGUAUUCAUAAUCUAAAAUAAGAAUGCCUUCAACAACUGGAACGACUGAGUCACCUUGAUUGAACCAACGAGCAUUCGCCGGCUAACAACACGCUAGUUACCUAGGAUACCUGUUUCUUGUAUGUAGACAUUCGUAAUAUUUACGACUACCUGAUAAAAAUUUCCUUCAGAGUUUUUGUAACAUUAGUGACUGGCGUUUUCAAAUGGGUGUAGUUCUACGGAAUCUUCAGAACGUGGUGCCGUUGCGACGCGCGAGGCUACGGAAGGAUGUGGAGACGUUGAGACACAUAUUAGGCAUCCAAAAAUUUGAUUUGGGAGUCAUUUGCGUGGACAACCGCAAAAUUCAACGCAUCAAUAACAUUUAUAGGAAAAAAAAUAUGCCCACUGAUGUCCUCUCAUUUCCAUUCUAUGAGGAGCUGAGGCCUGGGAAGCUGCCGUGCCCCAUUUACAGAGAUGAACUGAACCUUGGAGACAUUUUCUUGGGGGUUGAAUACCUGAUGAAACAGUGCCAGCAGCAGUCUCAGGAUCUUCAUGGAAUUCUCACAUCAGUCACUGCUCAUGGAAUCUGUCAUUUGUUGGGUUACAGACAUGAAACUGAGGAGGAGUGGAAAGAGAUGCUGCAGAAGGAAAGCUACAUACUUAAUGAGUUCAACAGAUUCACUGGCAGACAGCUGGUGCCUCUGACCAAGAAGUGUAGCCAAGAUGGGUGACCACCAAGAAGAACCACCUGCAAUGGAAGGCCUUUGAAACCAAUGGACUUAGCUUUGGAUGGAUUUGGAAACUUGCAAAGAUGACUCCUUGAUCAUGAAUAAACUGCCCAUUUCCAAGUGAUAGCUACAGACUGUGUCAGCCUUCAUGUGAUUGCUGAGCUUUUACCUAUGGAGCUAGACAGGCUACUCUUUUUUUACAAUCAAACUGCACUACUCAUGACUUGACAUUGAUGACAAUUAAAAGCAUCCAAAACCA